ACAGAGAAAAAAUACAGAGGAUCUCUCAGUUUUUUCUUUAAUAAACACUUUAAAUCUUGUACCAGAUUUGAACACGAAGUUCUUUCUAAGACUUCCACUGUCACAGGUUAAUAUUUCACAUAUCAGGGUUUCCACCUUCAGUAUGGAAGAAGGGAGCGACUUUCCUGGACUAGAGUACAGCUGUGGAGAAGAUCUGAGGAGAAUCUCUAUGGUUCCUCUCGCUUACACCUACACAAAUUUCUCUAUCCAUAUCCCAAACAACUACAGUAAUAUCAGCCACUUGACUCCACUUCAUCACCAAGACAGCUCUGAGGCUGAGCAGACGUGUUCCUCUGUCUGGGACCAUGAAUUUAACACACAUGGAUUUUCCUGUCCACUUUGUUGUGACCCGUCCGGCUCACAUUUGUCCCACUGUCCUCCCGUGUGUUGUUCUGAUGGCCUCCUUCCUCUCACUGAUCUGUAUCAGUUCCAGAGUCCUAUGACUGCAUCACACGCCUGGACACCUGGGGGCGCUUUUCAGUAUCACACGUCUUCAGCAGAACCAUGUGACUCUGUUGGCAGUAUAACCUCAGCAGAAGAUGAGCAGAUCUUCUCCACACACGAGUCUAGCAGACACUGUAAUCAGAUGGAUUUAGGCCAAAGUGUUCAGCCCACAUGUUGUCCUAUACCUCCUGAUAUAGAGACAGUUGGACAAAACAAGGACAGCACGCGUUCCUUCUCAGAAAAUUCUAAGAAGCCCUGCCACUGCACUAAAUCUCAGUGUUUAAAGCUAUACUGUGACUGCUUUGCAAACGGAGAGAUCUGCAGUGAAUGCAGCUGCAUUAACUGCUGCAACAACAUGGAGCAUGCGACUGAGAGACACAGAGCCAUUAUGGCUCAGAUCAUGUGCUCUUCUAUGUGUAAAUGUGUGAGCUGCAAUAACUACAGCAGGAGUGAGGUGGAGAAGCAGAGCACAGUGGAGAUGUCUACACACACCCACCACAACACAACACAAUGCACAGCUAAUUUGUCAUGUCUUACAGAUACUGUAGUCAAAGCCACAUGUGGUUGUCUGCUGGCUCAGGCUGAGGAGGUGGAGAAGGAUGGACUCUCUCGAGUUCAGGCUGAGCGAGUGACCCUGGAGGAGUUUGGAUACUGUCUAACACAGAUAGUACACUUCAUGUUCAAACACACACAGUUAGAGCUGUGAUACACACACAGAAUUAUAGCCGUGAUACACACACACAGAGUUAGAGCUGUGAUACACACACAGAAUUAUAGCCGUGAUACACACACACAGAGUUAGAGCUGUGAUACACACACACGCUGUUUGAGCUGUGAUACACACACACAGAGUUACAGUAUAGCUGUGAUAUACACACACAAAGUUAGAGCUGUGAUACACACAUUCAGACUUAGAGCUGUGAUACACACACACGCAGAGUUCAAGCUGUGAUACACACACACAUGUUAGAUUUUUAUCCCAUUUCUUUAGGUAUUUGUGUUAAACACCUGAUUUUGUAUAUUUCAGUUUAAACUUGUAAGAAACAGUUCUGUUAAAAUGACUGAUAUAUAAAUAUAUAUACAUUUGUUCUGGUGUUUAAGUUGAUAGUGUUCAGUGUUUGAAUGUUAUUUUCAUUGUUGUUUGUUUGCUGUUGUAUUUAAUUGAUCCAGCUAUUUAAUUAUAUUGUGUAUUAGAUUUAUUUUCUUGGUCUGAAACCUUGUUGAUUAUAAACAGUGCAGUAAAAUUGAUCUGUUGGCCUUUUUUUAUUUGACAUUGUAUGUAGUUUAACAUCUGAGGGAAGCUUGUUAGUGAUUAUUA